AUGAGUAUACACGUAAAGGAGAAAUGAUCGAUUAGUUUUUCAGUUAAAGCCAGCAGAAUUAUUAAUUGUUUCUUUUUUUCACCGAAUUCUGCUCGAAGAAGAAAGACAGCCGUUACGUACACGAUGUAACCAGGUAUCAAUAUCGGUGUCAAUACCGCCAAUGUGAUUCACAUAAUUUGCACACUUAAAGUAACUUUUAACCCAUUCACUACGAGAUAUCUCGUACUUUGCGCUACAAGCUUAGGUUUUGGUUGCAAUUCGUCACGGUAUAAACUUACAAUAGGUAUAAAUUUACAAAGCUGUUCGAAUUAGUAAUUGUUAGAAAGAAUAAACGAAAAUUUUAUAUAAACAAUAUUUUUUUUAAACAAACUUUACUUAUCAAAAUAAUAACUUGCACGAUUCAGUUAUAAUUAUUAAUUAUGUAUACACAUUACUAAAAUUAAAAUAUUUUUAUUGUUGCAGAUAUAGUACUAGAAUGGAUUUACAGUAAUUAAAAACAAAACGUAGUGUAAAUCCAUCACUGCAUAUCUGCAACUAAAUAUUAUUAUAUUUUGUGAAAAUCUAUGUUUUAAAUAAAAUAAAAUAAAAUCUUGGCAAAACGCUCUAAAUUUGCCUGGCAGUGAAUGGGUUAAAUUAUGCUUUUAAUUUGAAAAAUUGUUGUACGUCGAGUUAAGGUCGUGUGCAAAUUAUGUGAAUAUAUAACCCGGUAUAUCGCUUGUGUGUGUGUCGAGUGUCACGUUUCCUUCGGCAGAUCGCGGGGGAUAAGGUAGCGUAGAGUGAGAUAAUCUCAAUUUCGAGAAUUGAGCUUAAGUGGAGGUGGUACUCACUCGCGGUACUUACUUGGCUUUUACGACGAGUUUGAAUCUAGGACGAAAGGUGGUAAACUUGUGUGUGAUACGUUCGUACAACUAUUCUCCCCCCCCCCCUUUUUUUUCUUUUCCUCUCGACGUUUCAGUUUACCAAGAAAAAGUUUACGCAACGAUUGUUUACACAGUUUACGAAGGCUGAUGGCGUCUUAAGCGGACGCAGUGACAGUCAUUCGAUACGAUGGAUCUCACAUUUCUCGUGGAAAGGCAACGACGACGACGAAGACGACGACGAAAACGACGACAAAGAUGACGACGUCAAACAAACUGAACGGUUAGAGAGGGCCGAGUACGACGAGAGAGAAGAAUGCGUGGAUCGUGGCGUCACGGGUUUCGAUAACUCGGACUCCAAGAUUGGAGAGAGCUUGAUCGACUGCGAAUUCAUUUUCGCUUUUUGCCCUCUUCGCAGGAAAAAGUGCGUGCUGCUCGGCCUCCUGUAUGUCUUUUGCGACCGAAGCAAGCUCCGCCGAUUCUGCUGCGUGUCCAACAGGUCAAACUCGGUGGUGAUCAACGACGAGGAACGAUGCAGCGCGGAAGAUCGCGACGACGACGUCGACUGCGGCGUCGCCACUGCGCCGAUCGGCAAGGGAACACCACUCUUCCGUGGCGAGGAGGACCACUCGUCCUCGGUGGUGGUGGCUGCAAGCACACCGAGUUGCGACGACACCAGCGCCACCGUCCUCGUGUCCCCGAGGAUCGUUCGAUUCCGAUCGGAAUCGGCGGCGCUGUCCAGUCCCUUGGACUUUGCUACUUGCAACGUGCUCGUCCCCCCUCCGUCGUACGACUGUUGUUGCCGACUCUUUCUCUUCUUCUUGCACCUCCUUCUCCUGUUGCCUUUGCUCAGAUACGUUCGAAGGAACCUGCCGAUUCUCUCGACCGUCUCGCAGGAGUUUACCGACGCGCGUACCACCCGACGAUCCGACUUGCGGUCGUCGCAGCUGGAUCGUUUCUUCGACUCCGACUGGACGCCGGUUUCUCUGCUGCCGUUCGUCAAGCAACAGCAAUGCAUCGUUAAGGCGGAAUUGAGCGUGGCGAAGCAACAGAAGACUGGCGACGGUGUGGACAAAUCGCAAGAGUAUGGCCACGAUGGCCGAGAGAAUGCCGAUGGCGGAUAUGGCGAUAAUGAGAGUGGUGUCGGAGGCAGGAGCGAUAAACGGAAUCACCGGAUCGGUAGUGCUGCUGGUAGUCGUGAUGAUAGUGGUGGUGGUGGUGGUUGUAGUGUUGUUGUUUUCAUUGUCGUUCUCGUUCUCCAUGGCGGCGGUUGGGCUGUUGGGCUGGCGUUCUCGGUCGGCGAGAAGCAGGGAGAAGGAGAGCUCGGUGACGGAGAGGCCGGCGACGGACAGGCUUGCCAAGAUCGCGGAGAUCAAACAGACGAGGAAAGCACGGUAAUUUCUAGCCCCGAUGCAGUUGUUCAGCCACUUGCAAUGAUGGUCGAAUCGGACGAUGCAUUUGUUGCAGAUGGAACAGUGCUUGGUCCUCUUGCUCUCGGUGGUGAUGUUGCACAGGUGGCAUCUGCCGUUCUCGAUCACGUGCGCGUGCCUCCGUCGGUCGAAUUCCGGCAGAACUUUGUUCGUCGGCUGAGACCUGACCCGCGGGUCCGCCGGAUCCAACAGAACCACCGUCAAGUGCGAGCAAAUGUGCGUGAAGAAAACGGCAGCGAUCACGACCGAGAAAACUGGGCGUAG